AUGGUCUUAUUUAGAAACACGUAAAUGUAGAGGCAAUUGAUAUAUAUAGAUACAUAAUAUGCUUAUAAUAUGAGUAUUAUCAAAUUAUGUAUGUUUAAGAACUGAUUUCCCCUGGAGAUUCUACUUAAAAGCAUUCAUCCCAUAGAACAAAGAACUAUUCUAAUAUACAUACGAGAUGUCAGAGACAGCAGUGAAUAUAUUACCAACAGUUGAUUAUCCUCCAAUGAUACGAGGUAGUCUACGUCUCAUUCUACAAUUAAAAGAUGCCUUUCUUGGAUGUUUUAAUCUCAUUGAAGAAUAUCGUAGUCAGUUGUUAACAUGUCAACGAAGUUUUGCACGAGAUAUUGUUGUCUGUCAAUUGACACAAGGUUUAGAAGGCAUAAAACGUUUACGUGAAGAUUUAGAAGACGUUAAAUCACAGGCUCAAGCACGUAUAGAAAGAAAUAGUGCCCUAAGAGAAUAUCUUACAAAAAAUUUCUCUGUAGUUGUUCUAUCUGAACCGUCUAAAAAUCAAGGGACUGGUCAAAGUAAUGAAGGCAUAAUGAGUAAUAGUGGUGGUAGUUCAACAAAUGUUACAGUUGUUGAUAGAAUUCUACCACCGCCGAUAUCAGCUCCUGAUGCUGUUAGUGCAGCUUUACACGGAGGACUUGACCAGUUUACAUUUAAAGAUAUUAAUGUAGAUUGUUUACAAGUACCUGAAGAGAUAGAUCUGGCAACAUGUACCACUGAAGGUGGAUCACCGCUACUUCCAGUAGUUGAAUUCUACAGGGGAUUCUAUUUUUUACAAAUGCAUUUUCAAAUAAUUAUGUGUCAAGCUGCUAAUUAUGCAAUGCCUGUUGUAACAAGAACAAUGAGUCUAGCUGAAAGAACAUUUGCUUGGCCAUCAAUACCUGGUUUUGGUCUAAAGGCUAAAAAUGGUACAAUGCGAGAUCGUCUGCUAGAGAUACAUACAGAUGUAAUUCAAUUAGCCCAAAGAUUACAUGCUUGUAUGGAGUUAGUGAAUGAUAAAAUUGCCCAGGAUAAACGUAUUGAACAAUACUAUCUACAGCAUUCAUCAGCACAAGAAGAAGUUCGACGCAACCUGCUGCGUUCAUUACAAGCUCAACGUGUUUAUACUGAAUGUCUCGAAGGACAAAAUGAUCGAUUGGCUGGCUUGGCAACAAAAUUAAAUCCAAAAUUUGUUAAAACUGCUGAUUUCGCUGAAAUGACAGGUCCAAUCAUUACGAUUAAGGAACCGAGGAGAAGAGAUAUUAAUCAGAAUAGUAGUGAAGUGGUGUUAGUGAAUUCAUCGAAUGUGGACAGUUGCAAUACAAGUCAACAUGAUGUAUUACUGAUGGAUUCGAACUGUGAUGUGAAAAUCAAUGAAUCAAAUGAAUUUGUUCAAAAAUUAAACACUGGUAGGAGUUAUAUCAAUGCUGAUAAAUACUUUAAGGUGAAUAAUAGCCAAACAACUCCAUCAAGAGAGACAAUUAACAGUCAAAAGAGACAUACUAAUACUAAUAAGACAAGUGAUAUGCCUAAAAGCUUAGAAAGUAUACAAAAUAGUGGUUCCAUAGCUGUAGACAAUCUUCUUCUUGGUAUUGAUUCAGUGGCUUCAGGAAAUCUAAAGCGACACGAACAACUUCAACAACAAAAGCACAUGAAUAAAUCUAAUGCUGUAAAAGUUAAUGAGUCCAUAUCACCCAAUGAAACUUCUCCAUCUAAAAAUCAUCAAGUUCAGAUUAAUUCUCAUUUAAAUCCCCUCAUUAAAACACCAAGUACUCAAUUUAGUCAAGUUGAAUGUUUAAGUACUCAGAGUUCUGUUGACGGUCAUCCGGUAUCUGUAACAAGCCGUCAUUUAGGUGAUGAUAAUAAUAAUACUCCAAGAUUAUCAGAAUCUCGUUCAAUGACUCGACCAACUCAGAAUACUUCAAUUACAUUAAAUCAACCAGUGGAUUACUCUUCAACUAGUGAAUCAAAAGCCAAAGAUGAUCAACUCAACGGCUGGAGACAACAAAAUGAACAUAUUCGAUUGAGAUGUAAAGAAGUUGAUAUACGCCAUCAACGAUCAGGUAACAAUGAUGAUGAAGAAUACGAAUUCACCGAUGAAACAUUCUCAUCAAAAGGCAGAAAUUUACGGCUGAAUACAUCACCGAAUUAUUCACUGGAUCCUAGUUCAUCACAAGAAAAUAGUGAUCUAUCAAGAAAUUUAAACACAAAUGUUAACGCUAGUGAUAUUCACCUUCCGCGUAUUUUACCAAAAGUUAAAAGAUUCGGUCGAAAAGAUCAACAUCUGAGAUCAUCAAGAUCUGCGUCUACAUCAGCCAUAAAAUAUUUAGAUCAUAAUUCUUUUGAAAGUGAUGAAAUCCAAAGAAAACCAGGUCAAGGGAGAUUACACAAUAACCGGAUGGAUAAUAAUAUUCAUCCUUGUAAAAAGUGUCAUGAAUAUCAAUUACAAUAUGAUCGUAUUAAAUGUAAUGAUGGGUCUCAACGAGUUCUAAACCACAAAUCCCACUACACAGUAAACGAGAUGUCACAAAUAAAUAACGGUGUUAAAUUAGUUCCAACUGUUGGAACUGAUGAAUGCAGUAAAAUCUGUAUACCAGAAUGGUCGGCGAAAUUGGUGCAUAAAUCGAAUAAAGCUGAGGACCUGUUACAAGAUCCAAAGAGAUCAGCAAUUAAUCGAGCCUUGAUUUCACAUCGAUGUCGUCUUGUCGAGACAAUAUUACAAGCAGAUGAAGAGAAAUUAGAAGAGAUUAUUUCAUUGUUGUUAAAAGAUUGAAGAUUAUGCAAUAACUGAACCACUUCAUAUAUUAUUUAUUUAUUUCAACUGUAGCUACAAAAAUAUGAAAGUGUUUACCUGUCUAAGAUGUUUACAUCUGUAAAAAAAAUCGAUAAAGGACAAACAAAUAAA